CUCAACUAGAAAAAAGGAAAAAGCCUCUCAAAAGUGCCGUUCGAGAGAGAGAGGGUACCAAGAACAGUAAAACCUCUGGCUGCAGAAGCUCCAAAGAGAACAAGUUUUUGUCUCUGUCUGUGUUUUUGUUUUUGUUUUUUUUUUUUUAACAGGAGAUCUUGUCGGAAAAUAUGGACGAAGAUAUGAACACGUACGGUAACAAAGAGCAUGGAGAAGGAGAAGAAGCAGAUCCAGAGAACAACGCAGUGAAUCAACAACCUCUACUGAAGAGACACACGAGAACACUCUCUUCCACUCCACUUGCUUUGGUCGGUGCCAAUGUCUCCAAGAUUGAGAGCUUGGACUAUGAAAUAAACGAGAACGAUCUGUUCAAACAUGACUGGAGAAGCAGAAAGAAGACACAAGUGAUCCAGUACAUAUUCUUGAAAUGGGCACUGGCUUGUCUCGUGGGUCUCUUGACUGGUCUCAUCGCCACUCUCAUCAAUCUCGCCGGAGAAAACAUCACCGGCUUCAAGCUCCUCGCUGUCGCCCAUUUCAUUUCCCAGAAAAGAUACGUGGCAGGUCUGAUAAUAUUCACGGGAGCAAACCUCGGACUUACGUUGGUGGCCGCAGUUCUCUGUGUGUGUUUUGCUCCUACGGCUGCGGGACCGACCAUUCCUGAGAUCAAAGCUUACCUUAAUGGCGUAGACACUCCCAACAUGUUUGGUGCCUCCACUUUAAUCGUCAAGAUCAUUGGCAGCAUUGGAGCGGUUGCGGCCAGGCUUGAUCUGGGAAAAGAGGGACCUCUGGUUCACAUCGGAAGUUGCAUUGCUUCACUUCUCGGACAAGGCGGUCCGGACAACCACCGGGUCAAGUGGCGGUGGCUACGUUACAUCAACAACGACAGGGACCGUAGGGACCUCAUAACGUGCGGAGCUGCUUCUGGGGUCUGUGCCGCUUUCAGGGCGCCAGUCGGAGGUGUCCUCUUUGCACUCGAGGAGGUGGCCACUUGGUGGAGGAGCGCUCUCCUAUGGAGGACAUUCUUCAGUACCGCCGUGGUGGUGGUCGUGCUCAGGGAGUUCAUGGAGAUCUGCAACUCCGGGAAAUGUGGGCUGUUUGGACGAGGAGGGCUCAUCAUGUUUGAUGUGAGUGAUGUUUCCGUUCGGUACCAUAUGGCGGAUAUCAUCCCGGUCACGUUGAUCGGUGUCAUCGGUGGCCUUCUCGGGAGUCUGUACAAUCACUUCCUGCAUAAAGUUCUCCGCUUCUACAAUCUCAUCAACCAGAAGGGUAAGGUUCAUAAGGUGGUUCUGGCUCUUUCUGUAUCACUCUUCACCUCAGUCUGCCUGUACGGUCUUCCUUUCCUGACGCAAUGCAAGGCCUGUGAUCCAUCUAUUUCUGAGACCUGCCCAACAAACGGAAGAUCGGGCAACUUUAAACAGUUCAAUUGCCCGGAUGGUUACUACAACGACCUAGCCACUCUCCUUCUCACCACCAACGACAAUGCUGUCAGGAACAUCUUCUCUUCAAACACUAGUAAUGAAUUCAGCAUGGGCUCUGUCUGGAUAUUCUUCAUCCUCUACUGUGUCUUGGGGCUUUUCACGUUCGGUAUCGCCACCCCGUCUGGUCUCUUCCUCCCCAUCAUCCUCAUGGGCUCAGCCUACGGCCGGAUGCUUGGAACUCUCAUGGGAUCCUACACAAGCAUUGACCAAGGUCUUUAUGCUGUUCUUGGUGCGGCCUCUCUCAUGGCUGGCUCAAUGAGAAUGACAGUUUCACUCUGUGUCAUAUUCCUAGAGCUCACAAACAACCUUCUCUUGCUGCCCAUCACGAUGAUUGUGCUUCUAAUUGCAAAGACGGUAGGAGACAGCUUCAACCCAAGCAUUUACGAGAUCAUAUUGCACUUAAAGGGCUUGCCUUUCUUGGACGCAAAUCCCGAGCCGUGGAUGAGGAACCUCACUGUUGGCGAGCUUGCUGACGCUAAGACCUCGGUUGUGACCCUUCACGGCAUAGAGAAGGUCGCUAAUAUAGUCGACGUGCUCAAGAACACGACACACAAUGCGUUUCCAGUCUUAGACGAUGCAGAUGCACCUCAAGUCGGUCUAGCCGAUGGUGCUACGGAAUUGCAUGGGCUGAUUCUGAGAGCGCACCUAGUUAAAGUUCUGAAAAAGAGAUGGUUCUUGACGGAGAAAAGAAGGACCGAAGACUGGGAAGUGAGGGAGAAAUUUACAUGGGUGGAAUUGGCCGAGAGAGAAGACAACUUCGAGGAGGCGACGGUCACGAGCAGCGAAAUGCAGAUGUAUGUUGAUCUCCACCCACUCACCAACACAACCCCAUACACAGUUGUGGAGAGCAUGUCGGUGGCCAAGGCUAUGGUGCUGUUCCGACAAGUGGGUCUUCGUCACUUGCUCAUCGUUCCCAAGAUCCAAGCUGCAGGGAUGUGUCCAGUGGUCGGGAUCUUGACCAGGCAGGAUCUAAGGGCAUACAACAUUCUACAAGCUUUUCCUCACCUGGUGAAACCCAAAGACAGAAAGGGACAGUGAGUCGUUACAUGCACCAAAACAUCUACAGUGGCUUGCAGCAGUGUCGUACUCAGUUUUUGGAGGUAUUUCUAUCAAGUUUUGCACUCUUUCUUCAUACUCAACAGGUGAUGUUAAGGUAAAUAUAUCAUAGGUUUGGCUUUUUUCUCCUUGUAAAGCAUGUGUUUUUUUUCCUUCAAGAGUCAGU